AGCAGACAGAGAGGGGCAACGACACCGUUUUUACUCUCGGUACAAUAUAAUAUAUACUAGUUAUAUUAAAUAUACCAUUCAUUCAUAAGGAGCUGAAGUAACAGAGGUAUCCCUCGGCGGUGACAGCGGUUUGUCCAGGUGUCCUCAGAUGGAUUGAGCUAACCCUGUAAGAUAAUGGAGGGAGCUGGGCAAAGAGGAAGAUGGAACACAAAGGCCCCUGUCGGCACAAUACUGAUGUUGCUUAUGUGCAUGUUCAUCCCCACUCUGACGUCGUUACUACCUUCAGAGGAGGAGAAGUGUCCACAUGGGGACUAUCCUGCUGGAAAGGGAAUUUGUUGCAACAGAUGCUCUCCAGGUUUUAAGCUUGUAGAAAAGUGUAAUGCAACCGGUCAAAGAAGUAACUGCACAGCAUGUCCUGAUGAACAAUACACAGAUCAGAUGAACUUCUUCCCCAACUGCCAUCGUUGCAAACGCUGUAAAGCAGGGAAACAUGAAGUGACGGUAUCAAAAUGUGAAAGAUACCGAAACACGAUUUGUCAGUGUAAGACGGGUUAUUACAAGGAUAACAUCGACUCACAAACAUCCCAGUGUUUGCCAUGUAAACCAUGUGGACAGGAUGAAAUUCUAAAACAGACAUGUACACCAGAGAAAGACACUGUGUGUGAAUGUAAAGAGAACUACUACAGAGUCAGGCGCAACUGUAAACUCUGCAAUAAUUGUUCCGUUGAGUGCAAACAUCACUGUCUAUCACCUGGUAUUCUGAAUACAAAAGUUCCUGAACCUGAAUCUGGAAAUGGAUAUCUUAUCAACAUAAUUGCUGGAGUUGUAGUUGUGGCUAUGAUAUCGAUAGUGCUGGUGGUUGUCAUCACCCACGUGGCCACAAAAUGGUCUACCAAGAAGAAGUUGCUGAAACCGUCCACCCAACCAUCGGACGCCUCCCCGGACUCAUGCGAGCAGGUCCUGAUCCAGAGUGAGGAACCUUCAGACAACAUGACCGUAACAGCUGUUCCUCAAAGUCCUGUGAGUGAACACGAGCCGUCCAAUCUGCCGGACUGUGUCCCACUGGAAGUCAAGAUCUCUGACGUGAUCUACACGGUGCUGGAUCUGGUUCCUGUGUCGCAGAUGAAGCAACUGGUGCGUUCGCUCGGUGUGACCGAUACAGAGAUCGGACAAGCAGAGAUGGACCACCUCCGAGCCUGCCGUGAGGCUCACUACCAGAUGCUGAGGGUGUGGGCCGAGAGAGGGUCCCGUGCAGGUGGAGGAGAACGAGGUAGAAUGCUGCACGGGCCCUUCUUGCAGGAGUUGUUGGACAAACUGAGAGACAUGCACCUGGGACGGGCAGCCGAGGAGCUUGAGACAAAGUACGGCAUUCAGUAAUUCUGCAGCGCCUGCCAAGUGGAACAAGAAGCUUAUGAAACCAAGUAUUGUUCUCUUUAGAGACUCACAAGCACACAAACUGACAAGGUGCUACCGCCAGCAGUUUUACUUCACAGACACCAGCGUCACUGAGCACUCUACCUCUCGCCCUGCCAAUCACUCGCUGAGAAGACGGGCUCAAACUACUGAGAGCGACAGGAACAAAUGGCUCAGGGAGGGAGAGGGAUUUUGCACAGAUAAAUACUGCUUAAAAUUGUACAAAAGAACUUUUAGCCAUGUAUAUGCUUUUUAAAGGAAUAGUGGGGACUAGGUUAUUUUUUUUCGUACAAAGUUAUUGAGAAAUUGAUAUCUCCCUCAUGUCUGUACGGUAAAUAUGAAGCUACAACCAGCAGCCGGUUAACUUAGCUUAGCAUAAAGACUGGAAACUGAAACAGCUAACCGGGCUUUGUCCAAAGGUAAUCCACAAAAUCCACCUAGCAACACCUUCAAAGCUCACUAACUAACACGUUAUACUGUAUUUCAUUUGUUUAAUCUGAACAAAUACCAAAGUGUAAAAAUGACAACUUGGUGUUUUACAGAUGGUUAUAUUCUGUAACACUGAACUAUUUCUCGUCUGGAGCGGCGUUCCGUUCUGCAGUGUACAUAAACGGUACUCCCGACUCCCUGUUCAGGGAAUGCGGGAUAAGGGAACUUCCCGCAAAAAAUUCAUCUCCAUUCGACACCCUGUAACGUCACCAAAUCACUUCCCCCGAUGCGUUACCCUGGUAACGUAAUCACCUCAAAUAACUGUUGCUGCUACUGCUGAAAUUUACACUACUGAAAUAAAAUAUUAAAUAUAUAUUGAAAUAAAUAAAUUUGGUGGACUCCUCCUGGAACCCUAAAUUAAUAGUUAGAUAUCAAUAACCGUAUCGUUAAACUAUAAAUUAUUAUAAUUAUUAUCGCUGAGUACAACAGCGAUGUCUCCAGAGCACAAUGCCCGCUGCGGCAUGA